UUAGACAGUUUCCCCUUUAAUGAGGUUGACAGUUAAAACUGUCUCUGACAUUAGACUGAGUCACACAGAGACUCCAGCUGUGCAGCGAACAGACACAAACCUACAACUGAGAUAACAGCAGACUUUACAACAGUAGAAGAUACAACAGUAGAAGAUACAACAGUAGAAGAUACAACAGUAGAAGAUACAACAGUAUAAGAUACAACAGUAGAAGAUACAACAGUAGAAGAUACAACAGUAGAAGUUACAACAGUAGAAGAUACAACAGUAGAAGAUACAACAGUAGAAGAUACAACAGUAGAAGAUACAACAGUAGAAGAUACAACAGUAGAAGAGACAACAGUAGAAGUUAAAAGAGUAGAUGUUUUUUUGGGGACCACAAGCGUAUCAAGAUGUACAAGGGAAUCUAUGAAUACACAAAUGGAUUUGAAGACGAAGAACCUAAUGAAAUAAAGACCAUUGACAUUGAUGAUCAUAUUUACAACAACAAAAGGCCCAUCAUGCCCCGCAAGAAGGAUGGAGCUGGUGAUCAACAUUCAGUGUAUCUUUGGAGGUGGAAGAGACAUUUCCCAACUGCUGCAGUGUGUCUGGGGCUGCUGUGUGUUCUCCUACUGGCUUGGAUCAUAGGCCUGUUACUCUACCAGAGAAACCAAUUGACCAGUUCCGACACCCUGACCAAAGAGAGAGACCAGCUACAGACUAGCAACAACACGCUGACCAAAGAGAGAGACCAGCUACAGACCAGCUACAACACUCUGACCAAAGAGAGAGACCAGCUACAGACCAGCUACAACACCCUGACCGAAGAGAGAGACCAGCUACAGACCAGUUCCAACACCCUGACCAAAGAGAAAGACCAGCUACAGACCAGUUUCAACACCCUGACCAAAGAGAGAGACCAUCUACAGACCAGUUCCAACACCCUGACCAAAGAGAGAGACCAGCUACAGAUCAGUUCCAACAAACUGACCAAAGAGAGAGACCAGCUACAGACCAGUUAUAACACCCUGACCAAAGAGAGAGACCAGCUGCAGACCAGUUCCAACACCCUGACCAAAGAGAAAGACCAGAUACAGACCAGCUACAACAUCCUGACCAAAGAGAGAGAUCAGCUACAGACCAACUACAACACCCUGACCAAAGAGAGAGACCAGCUACAGACCAGCUACAACACCCUGACCAAACAGAGAGACCAGCUACAGACCAGCUACAACUCCCUGACCAAAGAGAGAGACCAGCUCCAGACCAGUAACAACACCCUUACUGCAGAAAGAGACCAGCUGCAGACCAAUUAUAACACCCUGACCAAACAGAGAGACCAGCUACAGAUCAGCUGCAACACCCUGACUGCAGAGAGAGACCAGAUACAGACUAACAACAACAGCCUGACCAAAGAGAGAGACCAGCUACAGACCAGUAACAACACCCUGACUGCAGAAAGAGACCAGCUACAGACCAGCAACAACACCCUGACUGAAGAAAGAGACCAGCUACAAAAAGAGACAGAAUGUCUGAAACAAUCUUUAGUUCAGAAAGUGUGUCCGGACGGAUGGAAGAAGCUUGGUAGCAGUUGUUAUUACGUCUCUACUGAGACAAAAUCCUGGGAGGAGAGCAGACAGCACUGCAGAAAUAGAGGAGCAGACCUGGUGGUCAUCAAGAGCGAAGACGAUCAGACAUUUGUCAAUUGGUUAUGCGGGGUAAAGAAUUAUGUCUGGAUUGGUCUGACUGACUCUGUUUCUGAGGGGACCUGGAAAUGGGUGGACGACACACCACUGACCACAAAGUAUUGGAACAGUAAAGAUCCUAAUGGUGGUGGAGCAGAGAACUGUGUGUAUUUCUACUCCUGGUCAUCAGACACAGGAGAAUGGUGGGACUAUGACUGUUCCUAUAAAUACAGAUGGAUCUGUGAGAAAUAGGAUUCUUCUGGGUUAUCUGUCUGAACUGGUAAAUUGGAUUCUCCUUGGUCGUCUCUCUGAACUGCUAACUAGGAUUCUCCUUGGUCGUCUCUCUGAACUGCUAACUAGGAUUCUCCUUGGUCGUCUCUCUGAACUGCUAACUAGGAUUCUCCUUGGUCGUCUCUCUGAACUGCUAACUAGGAUUCUCCUUGGUCGUCUCUCUGAACUGCUAACUAGGAUUCUCCUUGGUCGUCUCUCUGAACUGCUAAAUAUGAUUCUCCUUGGUAGUCUCUCUGUACUGCUAACUAAGGAUCUCAUUGGUCGUCUCUCUGAACUGCUAAAUAUGAUUCUCCUUGGUAGUCUCUCUGUACUGCUAACUAGGAUUCUCCUUGGUUGUCUCUCUGAACUGCUAAAUAUGAUUAUCCUUGGUCGUCUCUCUGUACUGCUAACUAGGAUUCUCCUUGGUAGUCUCUCUGAACUGAUAAAUAUGAUUCUCCUUGGUCGUCUCUCUGUACUGCUAACUAGGAUUCUCCUUGGUCGUCUGUCUUCGGGGCAAACAGAGGACAACUCACUGGCACCAAUGUUUUCUAUAGCAAAAAACUCCCAUCAGGAUGUGUAACCAACAGUUUGGCUCUAGUAACAGAGGUGGAUGGUGGGGGAGGCGGUUCUUCGUUGCUACCGCAUCGGGGACCCGCUCAACUGAUUCCCCUGGGGGGGGAAGAAGGGGCUUCUAACCUAGGGGCACGUCCCCAGUGGCAGACAGGGGGCCAGCCAACAAAUCACACCGUGUCCUGGCCUGUAUCCUCUCGGACGGAGCACAGACCCCUCCCCCGUGCCAAAGCUCUCCCCUCAGCACUUUUCACAAGAAACUGUGACAGGAAGACCUACUUCCUGUCGUCACCAAGCACCGUCUCCAAAUCCCAUUGUACUGGCCGUUUGUCAUACAAGGUCUUUGUCACAUCCAGGCGUCAUGCCGAGGGCACAGAGCAAAAAUAUGAUGAAAGGGGCAGAUAUGUUACAUGGUAGAUACAGUAUGUUACAUGGUAGAUUCAGUAUGUUACAUAGUAGAUACAGUAUGUUACAUGGUAGAUACAGUAUGUUACAUGGUAGAUACAGUAUGUUACAUGGUAGAUACAGUAUGUUACAUGGUAGAUACAGUAUGUUACAUGGUAGAUAUAGUAUGUUACAUGGUAGAUACAGUAUGUUACAUGGUAGAUACAGUAUGUUACAUGGUAGAUACAGUAUGUUACAUGGUAGAUACAGUAUGUUACAUAGUAGAUACAGUAUGUUACAUGGUAGAUACAGUAUGUUACAUGGUAGAUACAGUAUGUUACAUGGUAGAUACAGUAUGUUACAUGGUAGAUACAGUAUGUUACAUAGUAGAUACAGUAUGUUACAAGGUAGAUACAGUAUGUUACAUGGUAGAUACAGUAUGUUACAUGGUAGAUACAGUAUGUUACAUAGUAGAUACAGUAUGUUACGAUACAGUAUGUUACAAUACAGUAUGUUACAUGUUAGAUACAGUAUGUUACAUGGUAGAUACAGUAUGUUACAUGGUAGAUACAGUAUGUUACAUGGUAGAUACAGUAUGUUACAUGGUAAAUACAGUAUGUUACAUGGUAAAUACAGUAUGUUAUAUGUUAGAUACAGUAUGUUACAUGUUAGAUACAGUAUGUUACAUGGUAGAUACAGUAUGUUACAUGUUAGAUACAGUAUGUUACAUGUUAGAUACAGUAUGUUACAUGGUAGAUACAGUAUGUUACAUGGUAGAUACAGUUUGCUUGCUCCUUUAGCUUCUAUCCAAUAACAAACUACUUCCUGCUUAUUCCGUUUACCUUGUCAAACACAUGAUAUAACCAAGAUAAUGAAAAUAAAACAAAAUAUAUACAAUAACAAUACAA